CCUUUACAUGUAAUCAUCAAGUGUCAAGCACAGUAUAAGCAGAUACAGUAGGCAGUUCACUUGUUUUUUCAUAAAACGACGUUUUUCCAUAAAGAAACAUUUGUUCGUUCGUUCCGUUAAGCUUUUUGACAGAAAGAUAAGAGAGUGAUUGUGAUUGGUCCGUGCAUUCCGUUUUGUCGUAGAUUUCCGCGCCAUGGAACGCCAGCCCGAGGCUUUUCUCUGCCGGCAGCUAUGAAAUAACUUACUUGGCAAGAUGGCGACUACGAUAAACGGAGUAUAUCGAAAUGAUUUACGUGAUUCCGUUUUACGCAGUAAAGUGCUCAUUGUUGGUGCUGGCGGUAUUGGUUGCGAGAUUCUAAAAAAUCUUGUUAUGUCUGGAUUUGCCGAUAUCGAAAUUAUUGAUUUGGAUACAAUUGAUGUCAGUAAUUUAAACAGACAGUUUCUGUUUCAAAAAAAACAUAUAGGAAAAUCAAAAGCCAGCAUAGCAUGUGAAACAGCAUUGACAUUUAAUCCAGAUGUCAAAGUGAUAUACUAUCACGAUAGUAUCAUAUCAUCAGAAUUUGGCCUAUCUUUUUUCAAAAGGUUUACUAUGGUUUUGAAUGCUCUUGAUAAUAGAGCAGCUAGAAACCAUGUGAAUCGUAUGUGCCUGUCAGCAGAUAUACCAUUAAUUGAAUCUGGUACUGCAGGUUAUGAAGGUCAAGUUGAACUCAUUAAAAAAGGCCUAAGUCAAUGUUAUGAAUGUACACCUAAAGCUGUACAAAAGACUUAUCCUGGCUGUACCAUUCGCAAUACACCCAGCGAACCCAUUCACUGUAUAGUAUGGGCUAAGCAUCUCUUUAACCAAUUAUUUGGAGAAGAAGAUCCUGACCAGGAUGUUUCUCCAGAUACAGCAGAUCCAGAAGCAACUGAUACAGCAGGAGAAGGGGCUUUGCAAACGGAAGCUAAUGAUAAGGGUAAUGUUAAUAGAAUUUCCACGCGAAUUUGGGCUCAGUCUUGUGAUUAUGAUCCGGAAAAACUGUUCGUUAAACUCUUUCAUGAUGAUAUCAAAUAUCUGUUGAGCAUGGAUAAUUUAUGGAAAAAGCGUCGACCUCCAACGCCAUUAAAUUGGAGGGAAUUGCCAGACGGAGUGGCUGGAUGUAGCAAAGAAAUCAAUCAACCUGGAUUAAAGGAUCAACAACGAUGGAGUAUUUCCAAAUGCGGUUCGAUUUUUACGGAAUCGAUAAAAAAUUUAAGUCUGGCAUUGAAAGCUUCCCAAGCAAAAUCACCAGACAAUCAUUUGAUUUGGGACAAAGAUGAUCAACAUGCUAUGGAUUUCGUCGCCGCAUGUGCCAAUAUUCGCGCGUAUAUUUUCGGAAUUCCUCAAAAAAGCAGAUUUGAUAUCAAAUCAAUGGCUGGCAAUAUAAUCCCAGCAAUCGCUACUACCAACGCUAUAAUCGCGGGUAUGGUAGUUCUUCAUGCUUUUCGGGUCCUUGAGAACAAUCUACGAGCCUGUAAAUCGGUCUAUCUGCGUUUAAAGAUGAAUCAUCGUAAUCAACUAUUGGUUCCGGAAAAAGCAGUGAAUCCACCCAAUCCGCAAUGUUACGUUUGUGCACCUAGCCCACAAGCUAUGCUAAUGGUUGAUACUUCCAACAUGACUAUUAAAGAACUGGAAGAAUUAAUACUCAAAGAUAGACUCAAUAUGAUCGCUCCUGAUGUAAUGAUUGAUGGAACUGGUGCCGUCAUCAUUAGCAGUGAAGAAGGUGAAACAGAGAGCAAUAAUAACAAAAAAUUGGAGGAAUUAGGGAUCAAGGAUGGAACAAUUCUCAAAGUUGAUGACUUUCAUCAGAAUUAUUCAUUAACUAUCUUUGUAGUUUAUCGGGAAAAACCCGAUCCAAAGGAUGAUAGUCCACAAUUUUUAAUAUUGACGGAUAAAAAUGUACUUCAACCGCGGGAAAAGAAAGAAGAAGAAACGGAAAAGUCUUCCAAUUCUAAUGGUCAAAACGUAAUCGAGAUAUUAGAUACAGCUAAAAAACGCAAAAAUGAUACCGAGGUUGAAGUGCCAACUAAAAAACUUAAAAUAGAAGUUGAUAACAAUGAUGAUAGCAAUGAUGUUUGCAUUAUCAGUAAUGACAACAUACUUCAUGAUAAUUCAUCCGAACUGAAGAGAUCAAUAUUGACCAAACGGAAAUUUUCUGACGAUAACGAUUGUGUGAUAGUAUCUGAUGAUCAUAAUUAUUAAUGGUAAAAGUAAGUAAAAUAAAUGAGCUUCAAAAUAAAGACAGGUAUGAUUCAAAAUGAAAAGUGAAGAUUUGAAAAUAUUUAAAG